GUCAUUUCGUUUUAUGUCGACAACGUUUCGCUAUCUUUUAAUCGCACAACUUUGGAGAUGGGCAACUGCAAAGGCAAAGGCAGUGAUUCGUUUAACAAGCAAAAUAGCUCGGCCUUCGAUCGUGUUACGUCCCGCACUUCCACCGAUGAUGAUUGCCUUCUCUACCAGUUGGCCGACUAUCAGAAAGGUGGGGAUCUCAUCAGGUACUUUACUAAAGAAGGACCUCGUGCUACUGAAGAACUUCUUAAAGAACAGAUUCCAAUGCUCCUCUAUCGCAAAGGAGAGGGACAAAUGGUCAGAAGAUCGGACUAUCUCAAAUGGAAGUAUCGUAAAAAACGACACAUGGCAGUGGCCGUCAAUGAAGAUGUCCCCGGCUGGGCGGAUCAUUUUGCCUGUUGGAAUUUUGAUUAUCGCGGAUCGUUAGGUGAAUCCCUCUUGCACGUUCUGAUCGUUUGCAACACAUCCGUCCACACAAAAUUGGCCAAAUUGCUCAUCGUAUUGUUCCCCAAUUUGGCGCUGGACGUGGUCGAGGGAAACGAGUUCAGAGGAGCGAGUGCCCUUCACCUGGCCAUCGCCUACGACAGUUUAGAAGUCAUCAAACUGCUAGUAGAAGCUGGUGCAAUAGUCGAUCAACGAGCCGUAGGCACGUUCUUCUUGCCUCGCGAUCAGCAGAGGGAACGACCUAGCCGAGUCACCGAUUACGAAGGUUUGGCCUAUUUCGGUGAAUAUCCAAUAUCGUGGGCUGCUUGUUGUAAUAACGAAGCCGCCUACAAUCUGCUGAUUGAUCGUGGGGCCGAUCCGAAUAGCCAAGAUUCCUUUGGUAACAUGGUACUCCACAUGGUAGUUGUUUGCAAUAAGCUGGAAAUGUACGGCUAUGCUUUGAGACAUCCUCGCAUCCAGGCUAAAAUGGGCAUCAUUAACAAAGCAGGACUCACCCCGUUGACCCUUUCUUGCCACCUGGGUCGUGCCACUAUUUUUCGUGAGAUGCUUGAACUGACUGCCAAAGAGUUUUGGCGAUACUCUAACAUUACCUGUUCGGCUUACCCUUUGAACGCUCUCGAUACGAUCCUGCCGGAUGGACGAUGCAACAUGACGUCCGCUCUGAUGAUCAUCCUUAAUGGAACGAAAGAGGAACAUUUGGACAUGUUGGAUGGUGGCAUCAUUCAACGAUUACUGGAAGAAAAAUGGAAGACAUUUGCCCAGAGGCAAUUCCUCAAACGACUUGGCAUCCUCUUCUUCCAUUUGUUUGCACUCAGCGCUGCAGUGUACACGCGGCCAAGACGAGACAGACCGUUAAUUCCGCACGACUAUGACGACCUCAAUGCCAUGGAUAUCGCUCGUUUCUGUUUCGAGAUUGUCACGUGUCUCAGUUGCAUCGGUUACGUCGUCAUUCAACAAAUUUCUGAACUUAAAAAUGUCGGCCUAAGAGGAUUUCUUUAUCAACUGUCCAACAAUCCUGCAAAGGCCAUCUUUUUGGCAUCCAAUUUUUUAACGUUGUCGUGCAUUCCGUGUCGACUGCUGGGCAAGCGAGAGCUAGAAGAAGCCAUCUUGAUCUUUGCCUUGCCUUCCGCCUGGUUCUUUCUCAUGUUCUUCGCCGGAGCCAUUCGUCUCACUGGUCCGUUCGUCACCAUGAUCUACAGCAUGAUCACCGGUGACAUGCUCACCUUUGCCAUCAUUUACGCCAUCAUGUUGCUGGCCUUCUCUCAGGCGUUCUUCUUCCUUCACCGCGGACAUCCGGACAAGCCUCCACUGUUCAGCAAUUUCUUCUCCACGUGGAUGGGCCUCUUCCAGUGGACACUCGGCGACUACAACUACAAUUCGCUGCAAGACACGGUUUAUCCGGCCUUGACCAAGAUCGUUUUCGUCAUCUUCAUGAUCAUGGUGCCGAUUCUGCUGUUGAACAUGUUGAUCGCCAUGAUGGGCAACACUUAUGCGCUCGUCAUCCAGCAGAGUGAGAAGGAAUGGGUGAAACAGUGGGCCAAAAUCGUCAUCGCCCUGGAGCGAGCGGUCAAUCAAAUGCAUUGCAAAGAAUAUUUGCUGACGUACAGCAUCAAAGUAUCAGGUGGAAGUGAUGGAACAGAUGGAUCUCCACCUCAAGAAGAAGUGCGAGGCGUCAUGGUCAUCAAGAGUAAAAACAAAACGAGAGCUAGACAGAGGAAAGGUGCACUCAAUAACUGGAAGAGAGUUGGCAAACGGACGAUCAAAGAACUGAAACGUCGUGGCAUCACGGGCGAUCAAUUGCGUCGCCAAAUUUGGGAGCCCCGCACACCGUCUACCACAUCCAUCAAUGCCAGCCCGUGCGUCACUCCUAUACCUUGUCCGUCAUCGGCUGCCAUGCUUUUGAUGGAUAGCAUGAAUGGUGGCUCUGGUGUCGCCAUGGGAGGGCCCGGCAUUGAUUCCUUCGCCUUUGGGGCUGCGUUCAACGACUUGUCCGGUUUCUCUGGAGGUGGUGGCCAUCAGCAGAACAACGCCCCUAAUCCCGCACCGGUCAAUCAGGAUAUACUCAAUGCGGCUCUUUUGAACAAGCUUUCAAUGAACUUGCCAUUCGAGGACAUUUUCGAAUCAACUUGUACAGCACCUGUGGCCGCUGGGCCUCCUGUAGCCGCCGUGACAGCCGUAGCUCCUGUGACACCUACGGCCGUUGCUCCUGUAACACCUACGGCUGUUGUAGUGCCGGAUGUGACGCCGACGGCCGUUGUGGCACCGAUGCCCGUUGUCUUGCCAACUGUCGCACCGAUGCCUGUUGUGGCACAACCGAUGGCCGUUGUAGCACCGGCGGUGGUACCCGUAGAUACUGUGACGUCAGCAACUGCAAUGGCAUCACCGAUCCCUACCAAUCCAGUACCGCCUGCCCCUAUAGAAAUUUCGAACCCACCUUUGGUUACGCCCACUCCACCUACUCCAACAACGACCUCGAUAUUUCCACCACUCCCACCCUUGCCACUCGAUUGCGGUCCGUCUUUUACCGAUCAACUGGACAAUUCGUCACAAUUGUCCGAUAUUGAAAAUGAACUUAUUGCUCAAACUUUGUUGAGUGGCAAUGUCAAACAUAGAAAAACGGCCAACUCGCAUCCCGGGAAGGAUUCUCUUCCGCCUUUGUUUCGGGCCCGUCUUCUCGAUACUCCGAAUCAAUCGAUCGAAGGAGAGCUGAUCUUUGCUGGAUCGACGGAAAGCGCCAUUUCUGUUUGUAGCACUCCGGCUAACACGACGGUGCCCAUGAUGACACCAGUUCACUUCACCACCGAGUCCAGACGACGUAGUAGUCCGAGUGUAAUCCAACGAGCUGAGAGCAUCGAUGUAGUUGGAAUCCGGCAACAGUUCAAUGAACCCAAAAGCCCAUCCAUCAGCGAUAGCAUCCAUCAGCCAACGAUUAUUAUCAACACUGAAUUAAAACGAGAAAAAUUACCUCCACUCGUCGUAGAUGAUAAAUUACUAGCCGCUGUUCAUCGCGAUCCUUCCGUUUCUAAAAAUCAAAACAAACGUUCGAAACAUCGUCAUCAUCGGCGACAUCAUCAAUUCAUUCGAAGCAACGUUGUCGCACCCAUGGAAUUUUUCCCUGAACCAGAAACACAGCCAACAACAGAAGUCUGUCAGUUAGAAGACUCCACUUCCGAAUCAUCCCAGCCGGAUCCUGCCCCGGAAGAAGAAUCACCAAGGUCUGAACCCGAACAGGUCAUCGUUGAAACAGUUUCUAAUCCUCACGCACGUUCGUUAUUGGCACGCUCUAUCACAGUUACUCAAGAAGAAAAUGAACAUCGCAAGAGGAUCCAGAUGCUGAAGAGUUCCAGUAGCAUUCCAGUGGAUCAUCGGGUACAUUUGACAGACAACGAGUCUCUGGCCAGCAGCUCUAGCGGUGUUGAAGAGAGUCUUUACACGGCGACACGUGUGAAGAAAGAACGUAUGAGUUCGCAGAGUAGCAACACUAGCAGUGGAUCGCAAACUGCCGCAAGCCCAGAAGAGCAACCGGCCAUUAUGGCCUCUGACCCUGUUGUUGUCUUUCACAUCAGCGGUACGGGUGUCACCGAUGACUUUACAGCACCUGGUCGACUUCCGAACAGUCCCAUGUUGAGCACUAAAUUGAUGAUGAGCACCAAUAACAAGAGACCCAUGACUCGCCAUACAGCAAAGAUGGCGACCAUCACUGCUGCUAGUAAAGUGAAAAGGUUUAAUUUAAUGACGGCCUCAAAAGGAAGAAAUCGAUCACCAAUGCGUCGGGAAGCUGUUGAACUUGCACGAUCUUCUACUUCAUCGCGGAUAGACCAGGCCAAAGCGGAUCACUUCAGUCCGUCAGCUUCUCCGGCCGUUCUGAAUUUGAAUCAUUUAUUGAGUGGCGAUGACAUUGAAUCUCACAUCCCUGAUGAAAUGAUUGGCGAUCCUUAAACG